UGUUACAGUAAAUUUCAUAGUUCUCAGUUGUUGUUCCGUCUUCGAUUAAAGUGAUGAAGCUUCGAUUUGAAACGUUAAUACUACACUUAGGAGUGAUUUUGCUUCUAUGGCAAAAUGGUUCCGAUGUUAUGGGCAAAAAAUUCUACAUCCCAUCCCAUAGGACAAACUGGUUCAAGGCGGUUGAAUUCUGCAGCUCGGUCGGAAUGAAAUUGGCAUCGAUUGAAUCCCGCGCUGAGAAUGACGAGAUUGCGAAGUUCGUCCAAACUACGGACAAGUUUAACGAUGUGGGUUGUGCCUUUUGGAUCGGCGGAAGUGACCUGGGCGAGGAGGGUUCCUUCACCUGGAUCGGUACUGGGCGGCUGGUCACGUUCAGUCAUUGGUCCCCGGGAGAGCCGAAUAAUGCCAAUCAGACCGAACAUUGCAUGCAACUAGUCUACAUCCCGAGGUUUAAUCAAAAGUGGACUUGGAAUGAUAACGGAUGCACCAAUCGGCACAUGUUCUUCAUUUGUGAAGGAACCGAAUGCGUAUCAGAGUUCAAGUGAUCUUGGUCAGAGGUAGGAAUUCCACCGUUACAUGAUUGCGUGGUUCGCUUAACAUCAUCGAACUAUUUGCGCAGCAGAUACUGUGAGAUUGACGCAAAGUGCGUUUACACCAUAACUAAUGACUCAUCAGAUAAGUCCAUAAGUUUCAGAUCAAUUUCGUUAUAUUGCAUAGCCAAUAAAACGUUUCCAACUCACCUGAGAUAUUUCAUAUACAUUUUUAUUGAAACUAUUGUUUUCUGAAUAAUUUAUUAUUGGAAUAAUUCUUGAUCAAUUGAAAUAAAUUCUUUGUUAGUGAAUUUAA